AAAGAUUGAGACUUCCGGUGGACGCGGAGCAAGAUGGCAGCAUAAGUUCGAGCUCCCUUGUCGAAGGAAAAAAGAAACCUCCCUAAUCCAAGGAAAUCAGUCAAAAUACAAUUUUAACCAGACACGAAAUGAGUGGAGGACGCAAGCAGAGAAGUAUAAGGAAGAAAAUGGCAGAAGUAUACAACCCCGACGCUGAGGAAAUGGAAGAAGAAAGCGGCGACUCGAAUCAGCUACAGGCCGUGUUGGAGGGGCUACAUAACAUCACGGCGGAAAUCCGAGACUUUAAAAAGGAGGUGAAGGAGAACCUCACACAAUUCAAAGACGAAUUCAAAGAGGAGGUGAAGCGAGAAUUUAUGGGCUUUAAAGAAGAAAUUAAGAAAAAAGAGGCACAGAACGAUGCAGAAAUACAGAAACAACAAGAGGACAUGACCGAGGCGAAGGGCCGCAUAGCAGAGCUGGAAGAGAGCAACACGGAAGCGAAGGCCGCCAUUCUGAACCUCUUAAAACAGCAGAGAAAACUACAAGAGAAGCUAACGGAGUUGGAAGGACACGGCAGGCGCUGCAACAUGAGAAUUUACAACGUGGCUGAACAAGAAGGUGAAUUAGUCCAAGAAAGGGUGGAGAAGCUGCUACACCGUGAGCUAGCUCUACCGGCCGGAACCGAGUUACAGAUCCAGCGGGCUCAUAGAAGCUUCGGAAAGAGACCUCCACCCGAAGCUAAUCCCAGGUCCAUAGUGGUUAACUUUCUUAAAUACAAAACCAAAGAAGAAAUCCUGACAAAAGCAUGGAAAAAGAAAAUCCAAGUCGAGGGGAAGCGGAUAUUUUUCGACCAUGAUUACCCCACUGAGGUAAUAGAAAAACGCAAAUCCUACUCCGAGAUUAAAAAGGCUCUGAAAGACCGAAAGAUCCGCUUCCAGACGCCAAUGACUAAAAUACGGAUUCACUGGUCAGACGGGAUCAAGAUUUACAACAACGCAGAAGAAGCUGCAAUAGACAUGAGGAGACGAGGGCUGGAGAUGGAGAACCAGAAUGACACCGGACCUUCCCCCGAGGAGAGGAGCCAGACGGCGGCAUCCUGGCAGGAGGACAAGUUUGAUGUUAAAUGGGAAAAAUGGAGCGACUACAGACGCAGGCCGAAUGCCACUCUUGUAUCCAGCUAAAUAUGGACACGGUUGCCCAACAUUGUAUAUGAAGUUGAAUGUAUUGAUGCCUCUCCACUGUAUGUGUUCAGAAAUGUUCAAUAAAAAAUAAGUAUAAAAAAAAAAA